AUGAAUAUAACAUUGUAUCAAUCAACUAAUUUGGGAUUGUUCCAAAGUACAUCGUUAGUCGAUGGCACUUUAUAUAUACAUAAAGUACAGUCUGGUGGUGGAAGUUCAAAUGAUGGUCGUAAUCAAGUGAAUCAUCAACAACAACAACAACAGGUACAACAAUACUCGAAGCUUGAGAAUCAGUUGACUGUAGAUCUAGAGGAAGAGUGGUUAGAGAGACAAGAGAACAUCUUGCUCAACGAUAUCAAUGCCAGAGUAUCAAAUACUUCGAUACUUGGUGAUCGUCCAAAGAAGUAUAUCAUCGGUGUAAUUAGUAACUCUGGCAAUGGUAACAACAGCACCAAAGGAAAAGGCAAGAGAGCUCAACGUGAUAGAAAUCAAUUUGCUACAUCUUCAAUUCGUAAUGAUGUUCAUGAAGAGGAAGAGGAAGAUGUUGAAGAGGAGGAAGAAGAACAAAUAGAUGAAGAAAGUAUAACGGAUCAAGAAGAAGAACAAGAUGAAGAACAACCACAACAAGAUAGAAGUGCAGAAGAUCUAAGUAUUGUAUCAGAUAUGAAUGAGUCGAUAAAUAAUAAUAAUACAACAACAUCGCCAGCAACAACAAAUAAUAAUAGUAAUAGAUUCGAAACAUUCUCCUAUAGAAAUCUAUUGAGAUUGGCUAGUAAUGUUGAAGAGAGUAUAUCAGAUAUAGACGUUGAAACUACCGAAUCAUUGUCAUCUCUAAACAACUCAUCCAUACACUCACAACAAUCAUCAUUGAUAACCAAUCUCAAUAAUACAAGUAAUUUGCAACAAAAUAAUAGUGAAAAUCAAGAGGAUAUGGAUAUGUCUUGUAUUAGUAUGAAUCAAAGCAUAAUGAAUCAAAGUUUGAACCAAUCAAGUCUAAACGAUCAGUCGGCAAUCAGUAUGAACCAAUCAGCAAUCAGUAUGAAUCAAUCGGCAAUAAGUAUGAAUCAAUCGGCUAUUAGCAUGAACCAGUCAGUGACUAACGAUGAAGAUUACGAUGAACAUUCGACAUCAUCUUCAUUGCUGAUCGACGAUUUGGUAACAAACGAAUUCUAUAUACAACAACAACAACAAAUACUCUUACAAAUAGCCGCACAAAACAAUAGUCAACUUGUCAACGACAACGACCAUCAAAACGAUAGCUUCAAUGGUGCUAUUAAUGAAAGUACAACAACAACAACUGAUCACGAUAGUAAUUCAAUGGAUAUUUCAAUGUAA